CCCAUAAGCAUCUUUUUGCGAAGAAUUAAUCUAUUCCUGUCUAUACCCCUUUUUUAGAUUUCAGAAAUAUUUAUUUUGUUUUGAAUUGCGCAAUGUGGUCAGCGGCCACCAGUUUGCACGUGCAAGAUGGCGGAUUACGUAAUUGAUGAGGAGAUGGCCUUGUAUGGCAAUGAUGAAGAAAAAGAUGUAACACAUGGUGGGGAAGGCCAGGCUGUGGCUGAUGACUCAGCUGACCAAAAUGCUGAAGGCUCAGCCAAUCAAGGUAAAAAGAAAAAGAAGAAGAAGAAGAAAAAGAAUAAAGAAGAGGAAGCAAACCAGCAACCAAAGGACCAUAAAGAGGUUUUUCUGCCAGGUGAUGCGAUGGAGCAAGAUGAGGAGCUAACAUAUGACAGCACUGCCUACCACAUGUACCAUGCAGCUCAGACUGGAGCACCUUGCCUCAGUUUUGAUGUUAUUCCAGACAACUUAGGAGAAGCGCGCACUGAGUACCCCAUGACAGCAUAUAUCGUUGCUGGCACUCAGUCAGAGAGGAGCCGUGCUAACCACAUUAUCGUCAUGAAGAUGUCGGAGCUUCACCGCACCCAUGACGAGGAAAAAGAUUCUGAUGAAGAAGAAGAUGAUUAUAUAGAUGAGGACCCAGAACUAGAAACAGUUAUGCUCAAGCACAAUGGGGGAGUCAAUAGAAUUAGGCAUGGUCAUAUCCCUAAUCGUCACAUUGUUGCAUCAUGGUCUGAAAGAGGUAGCGUCCACAUAUGGGAUGUUGAGGCACAAAUCAUUGCAUCAGAUAAUCCUGGGUCCUCUAGCCAGCCAAGGGAGUCCAGUCCCCUCUUCACAUUUUCUGGCCAUGCAAGUGAAGGAUUUGCAAUGGAUUGGUCCAGGAACACACAUGGAAGGUUAUUAACGGGCGACUGCAAGCAUAAUGUUCACCUGUGGAACCCACAGGAGGGCGGGUCUUGGCAUGUGGACCAAAGACCUUUCAAUGCACACACAGACUCUGUGGAGGACGUGCAAUGGAGCCCAAAUGAGAACAACGUUUUUGCGUCAUGUUCAGUCGACAAGACUAUCCGCAUUUGGGAUGCUCGAGCUAUGCCCUCUAAAGCCUGUAUGAUCUCGACCAAUGCACAUGACGCCGACGUGAAUGUUAUAUCAUGGAACAGAAAUGAGCCAUUUAUUGUAUCGGGCGGAGAUGAUGGCAUUUUGAAGGUGUGGGACUUGAGACAGCUUCAGAAACAAGGUCAACCAGUGGCGUUGUUCAAGCAUAGUACCGGUCCCAUAACCUCGGUAGAAUGGCACCCGACAGAUGGGUCUGUCUUCGCUGCAUCGUCAGCAGAUAAUCAAAUAACCUUAUGGGACCUGGCCGUCGAGAGGGACGAGGCUGCUGAAGGGCCUGGGCGCCACCUUGACGUGCCGCCACAACUGCUGUUUAUACACAUGGGUCAGAAGGACAUCAAGGAGCUUCACUGGCAUCCUCAACUGCCGGGAGUUCUUAUCAGCACCGCGGAGAGUGGCUUCAAUAUCUUCAAAACCAUUAGCGUCUAAAGUUACGUCUCACUAAGACAGAGGCUUCAGUAUCCUCAAAACCGUCAGUGUAUGAAGUCAUAUGGCUUACCAAGAGAGCGGCCUCGAUAUCUUUAAAGAGACAGCGGCAUCAAUAUGCCCAAAGCAUCAGCGCCUAAUUCACACGGCUUACCAAGAGAACGACUUCGAUAUCUUCCAAACGAUCAUUAUAUGAAAUGAUAUAGCUUACCAAGAGAGCGGCUUCGAUAUUCUAAGGCACAUAGCUAACCAUAGAGAAGCGAUAUCUCUUAAAACAUCAGCGUCUGAAGUCACACGGCUCACCAAGAGAAUGGCUUUAACAGCUUUAAAAUUAUCAGCUCACACGGCUGACAUCUGACAAAGAACAUUUAACAAGUGCCCAACAAUAGUGAUAGGCAGGAAAAAAAAGGAACAGCGCCAGUAAAGAUAAAACAACACGUGUGGUUGCUUCACUUGCAAUUAGCACAGCAAGGGAUUGGGGAUUGGACCACAAAGCACUGUUGGAAAGCUUGGAUACGGCUGACUAGGUGCAGCCGUGUUUGACUUUCGAAAUUCGACUAAAAAAUAGCCAGGGUUAAAAAAACUUCAAUCAUGGGUGAUUAUUUGGAAGGUUCUGUGCAAAUACUUUUUUUUUGAAAAUAAACAGUAACAAAGGAG